AUGAUGACCAUGACUACGAUGGCUGACGGGCUGGACGCGCAAGACUCCUCCAAAUCCGCCUUCAUGGAGUUCGGGCAGCAGCAGCCACCGCCACCACAGCCGCCGCCGCCGCCCCACUCCCAGCAGAGCUCGCCGGCCAUGGCCGGCGCCCACUACCCGCUGCACUGCCUGCACUCCGCCGCCGGCUCUCACCCGCACCACCAGCAUCACCACCACAGCUCGCCCUACUCCGGCACCGCCGGCUCCUACAACCACCGCUCGCUGGCCGCAUAUCCCUACGUGAGCCACUCGCAGCAUAGCCCUUACCUCCAGUCCUACCACAACAGCAGCGCGGCCAGCCAGACGCGGGCGGACGAUGCAGAUCAGCAAAAAACCACAGUGAUUGAAAACGGUGAAAUCAGAUUCAAUGGAAAAGGCAAAAAAAUUCGGAAGCCUCGAACCAUUUACUCUAGUCUACAACUCCAGGCUUUAAAUCAUCGCUUUCAGCAGACUCAGUAUCUGGCGCUUCCAGAGAGAGCUGAACUGGCAGCUUCAUUAGGACUGACCCAGACACAGGUGAAGAUCUGGUUUCAGAACAAGCGCUCCAAAUUCAAGAAGCUGCUGAAGCAGGGCAGCAACCCUCACGAGAGCGACCCUCUGCCCGGCUCUGCUGCCCUCUCCCCUCGCUCUCCGGCUCUGCCUCCAGUCUGGGACGUUUCGGCUUCUGCCAAGGGAGUCAAUAUGCCUCCCAACAGCUACAUGCCUGGCUAUUCUCACUGGUAUUCUUCUCCACAUCAAGACACAAUGCAGAGACCACAAAUGAUGUGA